UCUCUCAUUCUCUCUCUCUCGUUCUCUCUCUCUCUCUCUCUCUCUCUCUCUCUCUCUCUCUCUCUCUCUCUGUCAGAGUCUCUCUGUGUAUCUCUGGCUGUCCUGGAACUCUCUAUGUAGACCAGGCAAGCCUUGAACUCUGAAAAAUUCAUCUGCCCCUGCCUCCCAGAGUGCUGGGAUUGAAGGCUUUUUGCCACCACGCCCAGCAUCAGUCACUCUUUAAACAGAUUGUCCCCUAAAUCAGACCCAUGGGGGUCAGUCCUGAGUCAGAGGACCAAACAUCCUAGUUUGGAUAUUCUCAAUCCCAGAAUCCAGUUUUCUUGUACCACUCUGAGCCCUUGGGCAAAUGAAAUGUCUUCUUGUCUGUUCCUUAAUUCCAGCAUCUGCAUAGGGAAGACAAUUUUACUUGAUCAUUAUUAAGGUCCCUUUUACCAAAAUUCUGUGUUUUCUUCAGAGUGUUUUCUAGACACACCCACAGAUGUAGGUUUGAGGAAGUGCCUAACACCUCAGAUCUGGAUACAGAGCUCGGAAGUUUCUUAUAUAGGCCAGUGGGUUGUCAUUCACACACUCUUGAGGUUUUCAGAACAGGAAAUUAGGUGGGGUAAACUUUGCCUGUGAGAAACGUCACAGGCCAACUAUGCUUUCAGUUGAAAGAUGUGUUACUGUGAAUGGAACACAGCUGAAGAACCAAGGCUUCUGUGUGUGCCCAGCCAACAGGGUAGCCAUGAUCCUGUCCUCUUAUGGUGGUGAUGUUCCCAAGCCUCUGACCAUGUGUUGUUCCCUGUUCUCGUCGGGAGCAUAGCCAGAGUCGUCCACACAGUGUCAUGGCCUCCCGACUGCGACAAUGAUCUCCUUUUCAGACAGCACCUUCCAGUCUAUCCUCUGUUGCUGCUGUUGCUGCUCAGUGCAGGGGAGACGAGUGACAACACGGAUCAGCCUAAGCAGAGAGGAAGAACUCUCAGAAAAGCAUUCCCAGCGUCAGAGGCAGUGGUUCUCCAAACUGAUGGGCAAAAGUCAAGAGUUUACAGAAGAGAGAAUCCGGGUCAAGGCUCUUUAUGACUUCCUGCCUCGGGAGCCCUGUAAUUUGGCACUGAAGAGAGCAGAGGAAUAUCUGAUAUUGGAGAGGUGUGACCCUCACUGGUGGAGGGCCAGAGACCGCCUCGGGAAUGAAGGCUUAAUCCCAAGCAACUAUGUGACAGAAAACAGACUCACCAAUUUAGAAACAUAUGAAUGGUAUCAUAAGAACAUCACUAGAGACCAGACGGAACGCCUGUUGAGGCAGGAGGCUAAAGAAGGUGCAUUUAUCGUGAGAGAUUCGAGACAUUUGGGGUCUUACACAAUCUCUGUGUUUACAAGAGCUAGAAGGCAUACACAGUCUUCAAUAAAACAUUAUCAGAUUAAAAAGAAUGACUCAGGACAAUGGUACGUCACCGAAAGACACCUCUUUCCCUCGGUUCCCGAGUUGAUCCAGUAUCACCAGUACAAUGCAGCUGGUCUCAUGUCCCGUCUCCGCUAUCCUGUUGGGCUCCUGGGCAGCUGUUUACCAGCCACAUCUGGUUUUAGCUAUGAAAAGUGGGAAAUAGAUCCGUCUGAGUUGACUUUUGUCAAGGAGAUCGGAAGUGGUCAGUUUGGGGUAGUCUACUUAGGAGAGUGGAGAGCACGUAUCCGGGUCGCCAUCAAGGCCAUCAAUGAAGGCUCCAUGUCUGAAGAAGAUUUCAUUGAGGAAGCCAAGGUGAUGAUGAAGCUGUCACACUCGAGGUUAGUUCAACUUUAUGGGGUGUGCAUACAGCAGAAGCCCCUCUACAUAGUGACGGAGUUCAUGGAAAAUGGCUGCCUGCUCGACUAUCUCAGGGAGAGAAAAGGCAAGCUUCCGAAGGCAUUGCUUUUGAGCAUGUGCCAGGACAUAUGUGAAGGGAUGGCGUACCUGGAGAAGAGCUGCUAUAUCCACAGGGAUCUGGCUGCCAGGAACUGUUUGGUCAGUUCUGCCUGCGUAGUAAAGAUCUCGGACUUUGGGAUGGCGAGGUACGUUUUGGACGAUGAAUAUAUCAGUUCUUCUGGAGCUAAGUUCCCAGUCAAGUGGUCCCCACCUGAAGUUUUUCAUUUCAACAAGUACAGUAGCAAGUCUGACGUCUGGUCAUUCGGAGUUUUAAUGUGGGAAGUUUUUACAGAAGGAAAAAUGCCCUUUGAGAAUAAGUCCAAUUUGCAAGUGGUGGAAGCCAUUUCUAAAGGUUUCCGGCUCUAUCGUCCUCACCUGGCCCCCAUGUCCAUAUACGGAGUUAUGUACAGUUGCUGGCAUGAGAGCCCUAAAGGCCGUCCGACAUUUGCUGAGUUGCUUCAGGUUCUCGCAGAGAUCGCGGAAACCUGGUGAUCUAAAACGGAACACCAGCCCACAGGGUCAUCUUGUAAAACUGUCACAAGGUGGAAUCAUGGGCAUCACUGCUGGGGAGUAUCUCCACGAGGGUUGUUGACUCUUGGUAAAGGAGCAAGGGUCACUGGCUUGUCACACUGAUUUCAAUGCAAAAUGCUCUGAUGGUAGUCUUUGUACUGCCGUGAGAGAGACUUCUGAACUGCACUCCUCUCACACACUCCACUUCAGCCUUCCAGAUGGCUUGCUCAUGAUAGGUACCCUCACGACCCUUAGAGUGACACAGACCCCUGAUUCUUCAUAAGGCUAAGGCGACUUCUUUCUUGGGCACUGACAUUUCUGUUUGGAGUGGUCCAUGCAGAGAGGGGGAAAAAUAGGUUCUGCCAACUCAUGGAGUAAAGAAACCUUCCCAACAGUUUCAUGUUUGGGCCUGUAUAAAUGUUUAUAGAAAACAUAGCUUUGGAAACCUAUGUGAACAUUCUGGAAAUGUCUUUUAUAAUCUUGCCGUAUGUUAUUUAAUAAACUCUUUUGAUUAUUGU